AGAGUCGUAUGAUCUUGGAUGCCUUUGCCCAGCAGUGCAGUCGCGUCCUUAGUCUCUUAAAUUGUGGAGGGAAACUUCUGGACUCCAACCAUUCUCAAUCCAUGAUUUCUUGCGUAAAGCAGGAAGGCUCUAGUUACAACGAAAGACAGGAACCAUGUCACAUUGGGAAAGGGGUCCACAGUCAGACCUCAGACAGUGUUGACAUAGAGAUGCAAUAUAUGCAAAGGAAACAACAAACUUCUGCCUUUUUGAGAGUUUUCACUGACUCUCUCCAAAAUUACCUGCUCUCGGGGAGCUUCCCGACUCCAAACGUCUCAUCGGUCAGUGAGUAUAGCCAUCUGGCAGACGUGGAUCCUCUUUCAACCUCCCCUGUGCACACGCUAGGUGGCUGGGCCUCCCCAGCAACGUCUGAAUCCCAUGGCCAUCCAUCCUCUUCUACACUGCCAGAGGAGGAGGAGGAAGAGGAGGAAGAGGAAGGCUACUGUCCUCGCUGCCAAGAGCUGGAGCAGGAGGUCAUUUCACUGCAACAAGAAAAUGAAGAGCUCAGGAGGAAGUUAGAGAGCAUCCCAGUGCCCUGCCAGACAGUCUUAGAUUACCUGAAGACAGUGCUGCAGCACCACAACCAGCUCCUGAUGCCGCAGCCCACCGACCAGCCAACCGAGGGAAGCAAGCAGCUGUUGAACAACUAUCCUGUCUACAUAACGAGCAAACAGUGGGAUGAGGCUGUAAAUUCUUCAAAGAAAGAUGGGAGACGGCUCCUGCGAUACCUCAUCAGAUUUGUUUUCACAACCGAUGAGCUUAAGUACUCAUGCGGCCUUGGGAAAAGGAAAAGGUCAGUGCAGUCAGGAGAGACAGGUCCCGAAAGACGCCCUCUGGAUCCAGUUAAAGUCACAUGCCUCCGAGAAUUCAUUAGGAUGCACUGUACUUCCAACCCUGAUUGGUGGAUGCCCUCGGAGGAGCAGAUAAACAAAGUGUUCAGCGACGCUGUGGGUCACGCCCGGCAGGGGCGGGCGGUGGGGACUUUCCUGCACAACGGUGGCUCGUUUUAUGAAGGGAUUGAUCACCAGGCUUCACAGGAUGAAGUCUUCAAUAAAAGUUCACAGGAUGGAUCUGGGGAUUAGUGGACAGAAUCUCCCACUGUAGCAGCCAGUCCUUUUAAGAGCUCCAGUUGUGAAUGUAUGUUUACUGCCACCUGAGAA